AGCGAGCCGCCCCUGCCGCCCUCUUUCUUCGUUAGCUCCUCUCCUCGCUCAGCUUGCCGGGAGCGUGAACGGAGAAGGCCUGGGGAAGCUCCGAACCCCUUCUGCUCCUGCCCAUCGCGAGUGCAACUACCGCCAUGGGCCUCACCAUCUCCUCCCUCUUCUCCCGUCUCUUCGGCAAGAAGCAGAUGCGCAUUUUGAUGGUUGGAUUGGAUGCUGCUGGCAAGACGACCAUUCUGUAUAAACUGAAGUUAGGGGAGAUAGUCACCACAAUUCCUACCAUUGGUUUUAAUGUGGAAACAGUAGAAUAUAAGAACAUUUGUUUCACAGUAUGGGAUGUUGGUGGUCAAGAUAAAAUAAGGCCUCUCUGGAGGCAUUACUUCCAGAACACCCAGGGUCUUAUUUUUGUGGUAGAUAGCAAUGAUCGUGAAAGAAUUCAGGAAGGAGCUGAAGAGCUGCAAAAAAUGCUUCAGGAAGAUGAGUUGCAAGAUGCAGUGUUGCUGCUUUUUGCAAAUAAACAGGAUUUGCCAAAUGCUAUGGCCAUCAGUGAAAUGACAGAUAAAUUAGGUCUUCAGUCUCUUCGUAACAGAACAUGGUAUGUUCAAGCCACUUGUGCUACACAAGGAACUGGCCUGUAUGAGGGACUUGACUGGCUGUCAAAUGAGCUUUCAAAACGUUAAAUGAAACUGGAUAUCUAAUCAAGGACAUGUUGGAUAGAAUUUGUCUAGGCUUGUUACAACAAAAUUAGUUUGCAUCUUGGUUAUUAAACAGUAUCUGGGACUGGUGCGGGCAGAAUAUUACAGCGUUUAAACUUAUUUUGUUGCCAAUUAUUGUUUACCAAGUAUAAAUGUUGCACUUUAGCAAUAUGCUUGGUUUUAAAGAAAUUAUCUUUAACUUGGG